GCGAUUCGAGUGUCGUAAAAGCAAGUGGUUCGUGUGACGGCAGCGAUGUCGUAAAAAGCCUGCAAGGGCAAGGAGAGACGGAACAGCCCCCAUACAGGAUCAGUUCCCAUCUUUUGCAGCUCCUACUGGCUUCGAAUAACAGAGGUGGAGUAAGUAGCCAUGCCGGUCCUGGAUCUCCAGGACAAGCUGGGUAUUGACAUCGACAGAUGGUUCAGCAUCCAGACCACCAAGCAGCCCAACCAGCGGGCUUCCCUAUGCCACGCCUUUGAAAAAGAGUGGCUGGAAUGCGCCGAUGGCAUCGGGUACACUCGAGCCAAGACUGAGUGCAAACUGGAGAAGGACGACCUCACGGAAUGCCUCAGUAGGGUCAAAAUGAUGCAACGGAUGAGAGCGAUUCUAGAUCAGAGAAAGAAGCUGAUAAAGGAAGGGAAAUACACCCCACCUGACUACCACACCGGGAAACUGGACGCCGAUCCUUGAACGUCUGCUGUGGACCCUCACGUUAGCAGAACUGGAAGUACUUCACUGCCUGGCGGCUCGGAGUUGGGAUAUUUUUCCUACCAGCGUAGUCAGUGUGUGUGAGAGAGAAUAUUGGCUUUUGUUCCCGCCCUUUUGAUGCUCGGCUCUGGUCCUGUGUAUGGUGUUGUCUGUCACUGGCUGGAAUAAAAAUCUUUCCCAGCUCUUAA